AUGUCUCCUAUCCCUCACCUUAUUCAGACGCCACAGAGCAAUGAAGGCGCUUUGCGUACUCGCUCAGAUGGUUCCCCGGACAUUGUCUUCUUUGUGGCCCUGUCGCCCUUGGUGUCACUUUGGGGAUAUUAUACCUUUUGGGGAAACACGUAUGCCCACCGUGUUUGGAUUGUUUCAGAAACGUUAUGUCGGGCUAUCUAUGGAGCUGGAUGUCUCAUGAUCACUGGGGUCAAGAAGUUAUGCCACUUGAUUGCUGUGCGGAAAGCAGCGCCUCAAGUUACAGCCAGCGAAUAG